AUGCAAGGACUGUUCGUCCAGACGUCCGAGGUCUCUGAGGUUGACAAUAUUAAAUUGGCCCGUACAAGUAUCAGUUUUAUCGACCUGAAAGUGAGAUCCGUGCCUCUGGACAUCUACCCUUCCUUCUCCUUCCUGAUGGAAAUGACUGGGAUCGAGGCCUUCAUCUUGGAUUCAUGCAACGGGCUUAUCCUUUUCGGGCACCGUCAGGAGCCAUUUGAUCCCCUUUACUAUACCGUGUGCAACCUGACCACAAAGCAGUGGUCAGUCGUGGCCGCUUGCGGUUCUGGUGAACCGGUAAGCCACACCUAUUUGGCUUUCGCUCCGGCCAUCUCCUCUCACUUUCACUUGGUCCAGUUCCAGAUCCGCGAUCUGUAUGAGGAGUUUGUGUCGUUGCAUGCUUACUCAUCUGAAACUAGGACCUGGAGUCAAAACCAAAUUGAUGAACAAAAAGAGCAAGGACAGUUGAAAGGCUGGCAUCAUCAGUUUACACUAGACAUUGAGACUGACAACCAUCUUUGGGCCUUUGUUAAUGGCUUCCUACAUGUGAUAGUUAGUUGCUCAGAUCUACAGCACAUACUUGUUGUAGAUGUACAAGGGAAGGCAAGAAGGCUGAUCACCGUACCAGCUGUGUCUCUUCGACAUUCAAGGGGUGUCCAAACUCACUAUCUGCUCAGGCUCUCUCCUAAGUUUGCAUUUGCAUACUGUGGAAGGGUUGCAGCUGCUCAUUGCGUGUCUCCAAUGUUGAUAGACCUGCGAAUCUUUAAAUGCUUUUUCGAGAGGCAGCCAGUGGUUGACAUAACGAUCGAUUGGGCUGAUAGAUAUGAUCCAAGCUCGGUCCAGCUUGGUGAGCUGGCACAGCUACGGAUACUGUCAACCUUAUGCUUUGCAGAUGCAUUGCCUGAGUGUCAGUACAACUGGGGCAUUGUGAUGUUAUUGCGGCGCUUUUGGAAGAUCCCUGCUCUUUUCAUUACGAUCAUCACCAAAUGUGAGUAUACUGUUUACAUCCUGUUAUAA